UUCCUCAAUUUACUUCCUGUUUGAGAAUUUCGAUACGCACCAUGAGAACAUUUGCAUGUUUAAGCAUUUUAUUUAUGUUCCCUGUUUGUCUUGGACUCGGGAAGUCCGUAACAACAAUUACUGAUGAAAAUUGGCAAACGGUUUUAGAAGGGGAAUGGAUGCUGGAGUUUAUGGCUCCAUGGUGUCCUGCUUGUAGACAGUUUUCUGAGACUUGGAGUAAAUUAGCUGACUGGAGUCGUGAUCUGGACAUCAAUGUUGGAGUUGUAGAUGUAACAGAAAAUCCAGGUUUGAGUGGCAGAUUCCUUGUAGCUGCAUUACCCACCAUUUAUCAUAUAAAAGAUGGAGAAUUCAGACAGUACAAAAGUGGCAGAAAAGAAGAUGAACUGAUGAGUUUUGUGGAUGACAAAAAAUGGCAAGAGGUAGAACCAGUGUCAUGGUAUCUGUCACCAGGAUCCUAUCAGAUGGGAGCUGUUGGAUUCUUUUUCAAGUUGGCUAUGAAAAUAAGGGCUUUGUACACUAUGAUGACAGAACAAUAUGGCAUACCUGAAUGGGGAUGUUAUGUUAUUUUUGCUAUUGCAACCAUAAUGACAGGAUUGAUACUUGGACUAGUUAUAGUAUUUUUGUGUGAUUUUGUAUUCCCAUCCAGACCAUCACCUCCAUCAACAUACAUGUAUGACAAACAAAAGGGACAGGGAGAAACUAACAAGGCUGAUGAUGAUCAAGACAUAAUAGAUGACACUAAAGAUUCUCAUCAAAACAAUAUACCUCCCAAAGAGGUGUCAGAUGAAAGUACAAAAAGUAAAGAAGAAGAUAUACCAAAAGUGGCAGACAGUCCAAAGUCACAAACUCGUAAACGAAAUGUCAGAAAAGCAGAUUGAUAAAUGUUUUUAAAUUUGUAUUAUUUUAUCAAGUUUUCUUAAAACGACAGUUUAACAGCCAAUGGUAUAUAUUUAUUAUGUGUAAAAUCUUACUGUAUAAGCCUUAUCAAAUAAGUGAGAUUGAUCAACAUACUUAUACAUGCAUCCCUCUGUACAACUCUUUCUCAGGAAAUCACAAUAAAAGGUGUGAAGCAACAACUUUUGCACACAAAAUUUUUUAUUUCAGAAUGUCUGUCAAAGAGAUUUUGUUGCUUAAUUUAUUAUACAUAGAACACUGCAUCCAGAUAAGAAUGCUUAUGUCUGAUAUGAAAUUUUAAGACUACAUAUCUGUUUUCAGUUAAGGACACAUAUUAUUUUUAGCAGAUAAGUGUUUUAGAAGUAUUGUUUUAUUUUUUUUAUCCUUAAAUGAAUGCAAUUUGCAAUGAGGUAAAUUAUUUAUACCAAGAAUUAUAAAAUACGUUUCUUAAAGAAAUGCUUAUUGUUAUCAUGUAAAAAAUAUUGAUUUUUCUUUAACAAUCAAAGAGAUUUCCACAAGAAAACUGUUAUGCACUUUGUAUGUCAAAUAGUUUAGACAUCAGUUUUAAUGAUUGUACAGAAAUUGAUAAACCAAGUAUUUUAUUUGUGUAAAUUCUUUAUUCAUUUUUUUUUUCUGUUAGAUAUGUGAAAAGACUGGUUGAAAUAUGUUUUAUAGUUAUGAUUGACUUAAUAAAGCUAUUUGUGCUGAAUUUAUGCUAAGUACCCUACUUUUAAGUUUUUCAUAUUUCUAUUAAAAAUUAAAUCCAUGAAAUUAUGUAAGAGGAUUUCAGUGAUUAAUGUCUGAUAUUUUAAGGUUAAGAAGUGGAUAAUCAAUACAAAUAGGUAGGAAAGUAUGGCUUUAAUAUUAAAUGAUAGCUAUUAUUAUAUCAUUUAAUAUAAAAUAAUACUUAGCAGAAAAGAAUUCAAGCACUUUUAAUGUACUUAUCAUUAUAAAUUUCUAUAUUUUUCAGUAAGUUUUAGAUAUAUGAUUUUUUAUGGUUAUUUCAGAAUUAUCAGUUUGUACAGUUAAGCAUUACAUCUGAGAUAAUUUAUUUUUGUAAUAAAAAAACCAAAGGUAAAUGUAAAUAGUAAAGAGUUUUCUUUUAAAUUAUGCAUUUGUGUGAUAAUAUGUGGUAAGAUGCUAAUGUGGUAUCAUAGUCAGUCUGAAAUUCAUCACUCAAGCAGAAUAUGUGUUUGUUUUUAAAAUCAUUUUAAAAUUUGUUAGAUGAAGUGAACUAACCAAACUUUUAUCACUUUUCAUUUAUGUCAUAAUAUAUUAUGCUAUUUUGUUCUGAAAAAUAUCUUUAAAUGUGUUGAAUGUUUCAGUAUUUUAUCAUUUUUAUCUGUCAACAAAUGUCCAUCCCAUAUUUCAUCUUUUAUACUUUUAAAGCAUAGAAACUACAGCAUAUUUAACUUUUAGACAGUUUCAUUUGUAUAAAUUGGCAUUUUUGAGUAUCACUAGAACAUAAUCAUUAUAUAUAUAUAUAUAUAUAUAUAUAUAUAUAUAUAUGAUAAGAAUAAAAGGAGAUAAUGAUAUCAAUAAAAAGUUAUAGAAGUAUAAUGUUGAAAUAAUUUAUACUAAGGGCAUUUAAAUUUCAUAACAGAAAAAAGGAUGUUGUUAAAAAACAAUUUAUUGGAGGAAAAAAAAGGUAAAAAAAUAAAUAAAAAAAAACUGUUUGAAGCAAAAGCUUUAAGAUUUGUGAGUAGGAACGUAAAGAUUUGAUGACUUAAGUGUCUCUGUAUAAAACUACAUGUAUCUAAUAAUGGUACUAAAGCCUAAAAUUCUUGAUUUUUUUCUUUCCUUUUGUUUACCAAAAAUGCUGGAUUAUAUUGUCUGUUUGUGAGAUGUACAAGUGUCAGUUGAAGAAUGAUUGAUUAAUGUAAUAUGGUGAUAUGAUUUUGACAAUUUUUCAUAGGAUACAAAUGCAUUAUUUUACUUAAAAAUGUUAUUUUUGUUCAUUUGUGUCAUAAUUGGGGCACUAAUUAGGGCUAUUCUACAAAUUAUUGUAUUUGGAAUGGGAAAGCACACAAUUUGAAAUUUAAUGGGUGAUGUUUGUUUCUGAAUGUUUUGCCUUUAUAAGAUAUAUAAGUAAUUAUAUUUAUGCAUAGUAGAGUAAGAGAAAAGUAGCUUCUUACAUCUCCAUUCAUUAAUUUGUUGAACGUCCCUUUUUUUCUGUUUUUAGAUGGAUUAUUUUUAACCUGAGCUCUUAGUUGUAGUAGAAACAGUCUUUUAUUUUAAGUUUGUGAUCACAGAACUUGUAUGUAUUUGUCUUUACAUUUUAGUUUAUCUUAAAUGUUUGGAAAAAACUAAAUAAAGAUAUGCUUAUUUUA